AUGGCCGCGCUGGUGCAUGCUGCAGCUCCGGUGUCAGGGUGCGCCGGCUCCCUGCUGCGUGUGCGUGUGCGUGUAACACCCUAUCGCACCGUGCAUGUGCGUGCAAGUGCAUCUGUCAGCAGUGGCUCAGCCCCUCUCCUCCCCGCAGAAAUCCGCGAGGCCUUCAAGGUGUUUGACCGCGAUGGCAACGGCUUCAUCUCGAAGCAGGAGCUGGGCACGGCCAUGCGCUCGCUGGGCUACAUGCCCAACGAGGUGGAGCUGGAGGUCAUCAUCCAGCGGCUCGACAUGGACGGUGACGGCCAGGUGGACUUCGAGGAGUUCGUGACGCUGCUGGGCCCCAAGCUGUCCACGUCGGGCAUCCCGGAGAAGUUCCAUGGCACUGACUUCGACACUGUCUUCUGGAAGGUGGGAGAGACCCAAGCGCCUUGUGGUGGCCCGCGCGGGACCCUGGGACCAGUGGGACAGGCCCUGGGCUGGUGUGGGAGCCGGGCCUGGAUGGGAGCCACAGGGUCAGUGAGGGAGCCCAGAGCUGGGUGGAAGCAGGAGCCUGAGUCCCAGGACCAGUGUGGGGGCCCUGGGGCCAGUGGGACAGUCCUGGGGCUCAUGUGGGAGCCUUGGGAGCAGUGCAGGGGCCCAGGUCUAGAUGGGAGCCCCAGGGCCAUUGCAGGAGCCCAGGACUACAUAGGAACCUAA